CGCUGCACACGUCAUUCACAAACGCUGAUGUGUUACUUCUCAAAAGGAUUGCAUGGUGAACUUUAUGCUUGAAUUUAGCUACAGUAUUGAUUUCUAAUCAUGCAAUAACGGGAGCCGAUACAGUGGGGAUUGCUGAGACGGUUGAACGCGACAAGAAAGAAGCGGACAGAAGGCUAAAGCAUGGCGCCGAAAGGAAAGGUCGGUACUAAAGGCAAGAAACAAAUCUUCGAAGAAAACGAGGCAACUUUGAAGUUCUACACCCGCGUCAUUUUGGGAGCUAAUGCCAUAUAUGCAGCGAUAAACCUGCUCCUCUUCUACGGUUCUUCCUCUUUUUGGACAUGGUUCUUCCUGGUGUUCUCCAUGGUGGUGUAUGUAGUGAGUUAUCGCUCGAUGGCAGCCAUGGCUAAAGCAGCCUUCGCGGAGGACGGCAGCCUACUGGACGGAGGAAUAGACCUGAACAUGGAACAGGGCAUGGCAGAGCAUCUAAAGGAUGUGAUCCUCCUGACGGCCAUAGUCCAGGUGCUGAGCACUCUCUCCUCCUACUUCUGGUACAUCUGGCUCCUGGCCCCGGUGCGUGCUAUUCAGCUGUUGUGGGUAAACUUCCUGGGUCCCUGGUUCUCUGCCUCGUCGUCACCCGCGGCAACCGAGGAGGUGAACGAGAAGAAGCAGCGUCGUCAGGAGCGACGGCAGAUGAAGAAGUUCUGACCCCCGACCCCCACCUCUGACCUUUCACCUUUUAGACAUCUGUUUGUUUUCUUUUUUUUCUCCCGUUUUUUUAUAUUUUAUGUAAAGAACCACAAUGACCCACACAGCCUAUCAGGACAACGUAUUUAACUUAUUUCAGACAGCCGAUUGACACACAAACACACACACACACACACACAC